UUGGUAAAGGGAGGAUCUUUCUCGUGUCAUCUUUGGCUUUAAGAGCACAGCCUUUUGGAAAGAUGAGAGAAUGACUUAACUAGCUGGAAGAUAAUGAUACAAGAGAGGUCCUGUUGCCUUCUGAUCUGAUCACCUGCAUCUCAUUUGCAGGUCACCUUUAGGCUCAACAACUCCUGCACCUCCCUCAGCCCCUGCAGCGCCGCCAGCCUUCCAUGGCAUGCUGGAGCGUGCCCCCGCAGAGCCCUCCUACCGUGCUCCCAUGGAGAAGCUUUUCUAUUUACCUCAUGUGUGCAGCUAUACUUGUCUGUCUCGGAUCAGACCUAUAAGGAAUGAGCAGUACCGGGGCAGGAACCCUCUGUUGGUCCCGUUGCUCUAUGACUUUCGGCGGAUGACAGCCCGUCGUCGAGUUAACCGCAAGAUGGGCUUUCAUGUUAUCUAUAAGACACCCUGUGGUCUCUGCCUUCGGACAAUGCAGGAGAUUGAACGCUACCUUUUUGAGACUGGCUGUGACUUCCUCUUCCUGGAGAUGUUCUGUUUGGAUCCAUAUGUUCUUGUGGACCGGAAGUUUCAGCCCUAUAAGCCUUUUUACUAUAUUUUGGACAUCACUUAUGGGAAGGAAGAUGUUCCCCUAUCCUGUGUCAAUGAGAUUGACACAACCCCCCCACCUCAGGUGGCCUACAGCAAGGAACGUAUCCCGGGCAAGGGUGUUUUCAUUAACACAGGUCCUGAAUUUCUGGUUGGCUGUGACUGCAAGGAUGGAUGUCGGGACAAGUCCAAGUGUGCCUGCCAUCAGCUAACUAUCCAGGCUACAGCCUGUACCCCAGGGGGCCAAAUCAAUCCUAACUCUGGCUACCAGUACAAGAGACUAGAAGAGUGUCUGCCCACAGGGGUAUAUGAGUGUAACAAGCGCUGCAAAUGUGACCCAAACAUGUGCACAAACCGGCUGGUACAACACGGGCUGCAGGUUCGGCUUCAGCUAUUCAAAACACAGAACAAGGGCUGGGGUAUCCGCUGCUUGGAUGACAUUGCCAAAGGCUCUUUUGUCUGUAUUUAUGCAGGCAAAAUCCUGACGGAUGACUUUGCAGACAAGGAGGGUCUGGAAAUGGGUGAUGAGUACUUUGCAAAUCUGGACCAUAUCGAGAGUGUGGAGAACUUCAAGGAAGGAUAUGAGAGUGAUGCCCCCUGUUCCUCUGACAGCAGUGGUGUAGACUUGAAGGACCAGGAAGAUGGCAACAGUGGCACAGAGGACCCCGAAGAGUCCAAUGACGAUAGCUCAGAUGAUAACUUCUGUAAGGAUGAGGACUUUAGCACCAGCUCUGUGUGGCGGAGCUAUGCCACCCGGAGGCAGACCCGGGGCCAGAAGGAAAACGGACUAUCGGAGACAGCUUCCAAGGACUCCCGCCCCCCAGAUCUUGGGCCCCCACAUAUUCCUGUCCCUCCCUCGAUCCCUGUUGGUGGCUGCAAUCCGCCUUCCUCUGAAGAGACACCCAAGAACAAGGUGGCCUCAUGGUUGAGCUGCAAUAGUGUCAGUGAAGGUGGUUUUGCUGACUCUGACAGCCGAUCAUCCUUCAAGACUAGCGAGGGUGGGGUGGGCCGGCCUGGGGGAAGCCGAAUGGAAGCCGAGAAGGCCUCCACCUCAGGGUUGGGCGUCAAGGAUGAGGGAGACAUCAAGCAGACCAAGAAAGAGGUAAGCACUGGCAGAAGACAGAGGUGGCUUGUAACUUUGUUGCAGCAACAAACUUAA